GUCAGAGGAACAAGUGCGUACCGAGCAGUGACGCUGCAGAAAUCAAGUCAUGCAUCGCUAACCGCCCGGCUUUAGCUGUUGGCUUCUGUUCCACCUCCACACGCUCCUACCAUGCACCUGCCACGCACGUGCACCGCUACCAGUGAUUCCAUCAUGACAACGCCUGAUUUCACCAUGCACGUCGAAAUCCGCCAGCGCGAGCCGGACAUUUCCAAUACCGUUCUCAAACCCCAAGCUCGACCCCUCGGCUAAAUCCCGCACGCUCUCAUCCUGAGACCCCUCACCUGGCUGGGACUUCUCCGGUCCACGGAUCCGCGUCGGCUCCGUCUGCUGCUACGCCUCUUCCCACCGGACCAGAUCGACUACUCGGACGCUGCGAUGUGGUCGUCGGCGCUCCUCCUCCUCGUCGCCUGUGCCACGCACGCACACCUCGCCCAAGCCCUCGUAGCCCCCGCACACGCCGCGCGAGAGGCCGCGCAGGGCACCGGGCUCGCCGCCCGCGCCACCGCGGGGCCGAAAACGGUGAUUGUGCAAAUGUUCCAGUGGUCGUGGGACAGCGUUGCUGCGGAGUGUACCAGCUUUCUCGGGCCUGCCGGGUACGGCUACGUCCAAGUCAGCCCGCCCCAAGAGCAUAUCACGGGCCCGCAGUGGUGGACGGACUAUCAGCCGGUCUCGUACAUCUUGACUUCGAAGCGAGGAAAUCAGCAGCAGUUCCAGAGUAUGGUCUCGACGUGCCACUCGGCUGGUGUGAAGGUCAUCGCAGAUACGAUCUUCAACCACAUGAGUUCUGCCAGCUCGGGGACGGGUGUUGCCGGAUCCACAUUCACACACUACGGAUAUCCGGCCGUCAGUUACUCCAACUCCGAUUUCCAUCAUUGUGGACUGGAGCCGAACGACGACAUCGUGAACUACACGAACAGGCUCGAAGUGCAGACGUGCCAGCUGGACGGGCUGGCCGAUCUCGCGACCAACACGACACACGUGCAACAGACCCUCGCGGGUUUCGCAAACCAUCUUCUGUCGCUCGGCGUCGACGGCCUGCGUCUCGACGCGUCGAAACAUAUUGCCACAACGGAGAUCGCCACCAUCCUCGGACUGCUCUCGUCCAAGCCGUACAUCACGCAAGAGGUGAUUUGGGGCCCUGGCGAGCCGAUCCAGCCGACUGAAUAUGUGACGAAUGGGGACGUUCAAGAGUUCCGAUACACUAGCGCUUUGAUGAGCGCGUUCCUUGGUGGAGGGAUCUCGAGCUUGCAGAACCUGGACAACCGUGGCUGGGUAUCGGGCUCUCAGGCCAACAUCUUCGUUGCAAAUCACGAUACUGAACGUAGCAACCCCGCCACGUCUCUCAAUAUCAACUCCCCCUCGAACACGUACAUCACCGCCACGAUCUUCUCGCUCGCCCACCCGUAUGGCUCGCCCACCAUCCUCUCGUCCUACUCCUUCACGGCUUACGACGACGGCGCGCCCAACGGAAACGCCGGGGUGUGCUCCGCCACCGGUGGCGCAAGUGGCUGGCUCUGUCAACACCGGUUCAUUGCCUUCACCGGUAUGGUAGGGUGGAGAAACCAAGUCGGGUCGGCGGGGAUGGUGAACUGGAUCGCGCCAUCGAGUCAGCAGAUCGCCUUCGGUCGAGGAACGGCCGGAUUCGUGGCGAUCAACAACGCGGACUCGGCGUGGACUGCGACGUUCACGACGUCCCUCCCGAACAACGCGUACUGCGAUGUGAUCAGCGGGUCGAGCAAGGGAGGUGCCUGCACAGGGGCAGGCUACACCGUCUCGGGCGGAACCUUCACGGCGACUGUGUCCCCCAGAAGCGCGAUAGCGCUGCACACGGGGCAGCUGGGCACCGGCUCAGCGGGCUCUGGCUCAGGGGGAUCCUCGGCGCCCUCGAACGUCGCAGUGACGUUCGCUGAAACGGCCACCACUGUCUUCGGCGAGAACAUCUUCAUUGUCGGAAGUAUCCCACAGCUGGGAUCGUGGGCUCCGGCCUCAUCUGUACGUUCCAGCCACUAUUUCCGCGAUUCGCAUUACAUCAUUCUGCCAGAUCGCACUGUCCUCUGCAAACUAUCCCGUCUGGAGCGUCACCCUCAGUCUCCCCGCGAACACCUCCUUCCAGUACAAGUUCAUCCGCAAAGAAACGGACGGCAGCGUACGUGUGUCUUUCAAUCCUAUCUUUCGCGUCGAUCGACAUUUUUUGCAGAUCCAGUGGGAGUCGGACCCAAACAGGUCGUUCACGACGGGGGCCUCGGGAACACAGACGGUAUCGAGUUCGUGGCGCUGAGGGCGCGUCGGUUGCUGUGUGCAUUGUUUGCUUUCUCUCCCACACUUGCUCGUUUUGUAUAUAUAUCCCAAAACGUUCUGCUCGGCAAAGUAAGUACUGUGGGGGCGGCGAGCGCGCUCGUUGGACAGGCCGCAGCUUGCUCCCAUGAGGGAGAACUCGCCAUGAGAAGGAUGAGAGCGAGUGAGUUGAUCGUUGUGUCGUCUGCGUGAGUGGAUGACAAAGUAACCUUCCACAUGGCUUCUUUUCUUGUCUGAGGUCGCUUCCGAUCCUUUCGAUCGGAAACCGCGCCCGCCGGACCUCAGUUGCUGCGGAAGCACCAGCUCGGCGGCCGACCAUCACCAAAAGCUCCACCCAAACCAACUCUCAUGACCAGCUUUCGUGUGCAUCCUGCCAGCCGAAAACAGUGCAUGGCCGUGAAUGCCCUGGUAUCUGGCGGGAGUGUUAGAUUUAGACUCGAGGCCGGACAUCAGUGAAGAGAGAUCGUUAGACGGAGUUUUCCGGAAGGUGUAAUAUUGGGAUCGAUCAUCGAUUGCUUGAGGUCACGUUGGAAGGAGAUAUGAGAUCCAAUGCGGUCCGGAGACUGCGGAAUUGGCGAGCACAAGGUGCGGUUGAGAGUCCUUGGCCUGUCAUGUGCAACAUGACGUCAGUAACAUCAGCUCAGGCGCGGCGUCCCGCCUCGGACCUGGUCGCUCGGAUGGACUGAUCUCUAGUGGACAAUCAUAGAACUCGACUUGAAAGUCACGAUCUACUGCUGAUCGUAAACGAAACAAGGCAGAUCCUAGAUGUGUUGUGCACAAAGUACGCGAACAUCUGCGCUUUA